AUGGCACACGAUUCUUCUUCUAGUGAUAGUGAUUAUUAUGUUGAUUGGAAUUCCGAUGAUGAUAUGGAGAUUGAUAACCUAAUUCAGACUAAGAAAUCUCUCGAAUUAGUUCAGAGGGGCUUCUCGGAUGAGAUGUUUGCUACGUUGGUUGACAUGGGAUUUUCUAUUGACAUGAUUGCUAGAGCAAUCAAAGAAACUGCUGGUUCUUCCAAGUCUAAUACUAUUGAUCAUUUCCUUGGGAUGGGAUUUGAUGAGGAAAAGGUUAUCAAAGCUAUACAAGAACAUGGAGAAGAAAAUAUGGUCCAAAUAGCAAAUGCACUUGCGGAUGCAGAGAAACAACCAGUAGUAAAAGAAGAAGAUGACAUUGACUGGUCAUCAAGUGAUGAUGAGAUCAAUUAUUCCAAUAUGUUAGUUUCAGAUGAUGAGGAUUCAAACUCUUUCCCCGGGAACAACAACAAAUUGCGGUCUUUGGUGAAAAUGGGUUUCUCGGAGCUAGAAGCUUCUCUGGCUGUGCAGAGAUGCGGAGACAAUGUGAGCAUCGCAGAGCUCACAGACUUCAUUUGUGCUGCUCAAAUGGCUCGAGAAUCCAGUGAAUUUAUCACAGACCCUGAAGAACAAAAACCUAGACAUGAUGUCAAGAAAAUGCGAUCAGAGUCAAAAAGAGAGUCUAUGCCAUAUACUGAUGACGUGCCGGUUAGCCUCCCAAAUCCAAUGAUAGGGUUUGGGAUUCCAAACUGUCCAGGACUCAUCACACAUAGACCACUCCCAUAUUUAGCUCGAGGCCCACCAUAUUUCUACUAUGAAAAUGUUGCACUGGCACCUAAAGGCGUUUGGGAGACCAUGUCAAGGCGCUUGUUCGACAUUGCACCAGAGUUUAUGGACUCAAAAUACAUAUGUGCUGCUGCGAGGAAGAGAGGUUACAUACACAACCUCCCCAUCAGCAACAGAUUUCAACUUCAGCCUCCACCAAAGUUCACAAUUCACGAGGCGUUUCCUCUGACCAAGAAAUGGUGGCCAAGCUGGGACAAAAGAACCAAGCUGAACUGCAUAGUCACCUCUAAAGCUAGCGCAGAGACAACGAAGAAGAUCCGCUUGGCCCUUGAGGCUCACAAUGGAGAACCGCCUUUGAGUACACAAAGGCAUGUCAUUAGCCAGUGCAAAAAGUGGAAUCUUGUUUGGGUGGGAAGAAACAGAGCCGCCCCGCUCGAGCCAGAUGAAAUGGAGAAUCUCCUAGGUUUUCCAAGAAAUCAUACACGAGGCGGUGGUGUCAAUAGAAUCGAACGCUACAAGUCACUCGCCAACGCUUUUCAGGUUGAUACUGUGGCAUAUCACUUGUCUGUUCUGAAACCCAUGUUCCCAACUGGACUCAAUGUUCUCUCACUGUUUUCGGGUAUUGGUGGUGGAGAAGUGGCGCUUCACCGUCUCCAAAUCCCGAUGAAGAUUGUUGUCUCACUCGAGAUCUCAGAAGUAAGCAGAAACAUUCUGAAGGACUUUUGGAAGCAAACUAACCAGAAAGGACUGUUAAUUGAGUUUGAAGACGUGGAACACUUAUCUAACCAACAAAUUGAAGAGUUGAUGGAGGCGUUUGGUGGGUUUGAUCUUGUUAUUGGUGGUAGUCCAUGCAACAACAUCUCUGGUCUUAAUAGAGUAAGCCGGAGUGGUCUUGUAGGUGAGCAAUCUGCAUUGUUCUUUGAGUAUUGCCGGAUUCUUGAUGUGGUUCGUGAGAAAACUGCAAGAAUGAGAAGAUGA